GCGUUCUGGAAGAAGCAGAAUUCUACAACAUUGGGUCUCUAAUCAGACUAAUAAAAGACAGACUGGAGGAAAAGGAUUACACCAUAACCCAGGUGCCACCAAAGCAUGUCUACAGAGUACUGCAAUGUCAGGAGGAAGAGCUCACACAAAUGGUUUCCACAAUGUCAGAUGGGUGGCGCUUUGAACAGUUGGUGAAUAUUGGGUCAUCCUAUAACUAUGGGAAUGAGGAUCAAUCAGAAUUCCUGUGUGUUGUCUCGAAGGAACUAUGCAGCUCACCCAGUGGCCUCUGUUCUGAGUCUAGCCGGAAACUCAAG